CGCAAAUAUGUUGAACUGGAUGUUGAUGGGCACGUUGACCGUGCAAGUCUGUGAGGGCACUCGAUUUUCCCUCUCUAAUCCCAUUGGGACGACUGAUCAAUGAGUAUGUCGACCUUCAGAUGUAUACUUCGAGCGCUAUAUGAUGGAGCGCAUUGCGUUAAAAUUGCUAGUUUACGGCCUUUUCUGUUUAGAUAUGGCGCAGACAGUACUCGCAACCCAUGUGGCGUGGUUUUACAUGAUUUUAAACCCUGUAGCUUCUCCGUCCGGCAUAAAAGCGCCAUGGUCCGCCUCGGCCUUGACUAUCUCCGCUGGUCUUGUGUCCGCUGUCGUGCAAAUAUUCUACGGAUGGCGGAUCUCGACUCUUGACACCUCCAUGGUCAUGCGCGGCCUCGUCUGGCUUAUUGUGCUUAUGGCCGUCGGACAGUUUGCUACCGUCUUUGCUUCUUCGGUAUUGUUUGAACUUGCUCCAACAUAUGUGCAAUUAUUCUCCGAGUCAAAAUGGCGUACGGCAUGGCUAAUCCUAAGCGCUGUGGAGGAUCUCUUGAUCACAGCUUGUAUGACUUGGAUCUUGGGCAAGGCAAAAUCGGAUACGAUGUGGGCUUUCUCAAACUCGCUAUUCACCCGUCUUAUCACAAUGAUCGUCUCGACGGACCUCGUCACCACGUCCCGUGCCGGAGUCAAUCUUCUACUACUGUUUAAGUACCCAAACACCAACUACUUCGUGGUCCCGCUCUAUGUUGUCGGCAAACUAUACACCAAUAGCUUGAUGGUCAUGCUCAAUGCUAGAACCCCUACGGUGGCACCACGCGUUGGCAACGACUUCGGCUACAACCCUGGUUCAUCUGUGGCACAGUACGUCCAGCCUCGGGCAGGCCGGGUUUCUGCAGCAGAAGGUUUGGCGUCCGACACAAGACAGACAGGAGCAAGCACAGGAGAUGAGGUGUGAAGGAUGGCCGUAUAUUGGCUGAUGAUCACCUCCGUGGUAGAGGCGGCGGAACAGUAUGGCGAGCGCGGCAGGAUUCUUUGUUGUCAUGUCAUCUGUUAGCCGGACUGCAGUCUGGGGGCGGGCAAUACUGGGCAAUAUCUUGAAUGCAUAUUACUGGAGG